AUGAGAACUUACCUAGACGGCCCUAUUCAACCUUCAAUCACUAUUCCUGGUGAUCCUCUUGCUGAUCUGCACGAGCACCUAUGCCCACUCGAUCAUGCCAGGAAUCAUGGACCGCAAUCAGAACGGGGUGUUUGGUAUUUUCUGGAAAUGCGCGCGUAUAGGAGAACGACUCAGCCCCUAUGUCAGCAUAUGCUGUUUUAUGAUGGCGGUAAGACUCUCGUCUUUCCCUUAUAG